UUCAAUCUCAAUAAGAGUCUAACAUGAUCUAUUAAUUUUCUCCAUUCUUUCACUCUAACCGAGACUCCAAAAAGAUAACCUAGAUAAUUUCUCAAGAAGAUAAUCCAGAGAAUUUCUCGAGCCAUCACCGACUCCGUGAUUCCAAACUCUCUCCCACUGGCCCCCGAGGGCCCAGGGCUUCGCGGCACUGAGACACAUUUCACAACUCGUACAAAUAGACUUACAAAAGAAUAUAUCAUAAAUUAUUAGAGAUAUCCUAAUACCUCUUCUAGGAUAUUUCCUCUUAUGAGGUUACAAUAAAAAGACCCUGAAAAUAUAGAAUGCAAUAUUUUCCCCCGAUUUCUUCCUCACUCUGAAUCUUAGAGUUUCCGCAAUUCGGGCGUAAUGCAAGGCAAUCUCCAACAUGAUGUGUAUGCCCUAAAUCAGAACUUAUCUUAUGAGAAUAGUCAAUCCAUAGAGCAUAUACGACACUGUCCAUUUCUUAGUGUUACAGCUCAGUUCGUUUAGGAUCAUUUAUCACACACACUCGCCCAAUCGAAAAGCAUCAAACGCGGUCCAAAGCUGAAAGUAGAAGUUCAGCCCAUCUAGUCGCGUAUGUGACCAAAUGAAUUCCUGUUUAUUCACAGAGCGCGAAUAACAAAUAAGAAUUUAGGUGAAAUUCGUGUAUAUCAUAUGCGUUCCAAGAAACCCUGCACGUAGCUUGGAUCAACUUCUCGUCCUGACAUGAGAGAAAAUAAGAACUGCGUGUCGAAUAACUGCUGGUAGAAAUCAUGCAUUUGGUAACUCACACUCAAAUGAUGCAUUCCCUCUAUUAAUCCAACACUUCCAGCUUUCAUCUCUUUUCCCACGUAAAUUAUUCAAAUCCGAAGAGUAGCAGAGAGACCAACGAUGGCUUCUUCUAACGAUAGUUCUCGAACUGAUGCUCUCUGCUUCCUCUCACUCCUGCUAGCGACUGCCUUCUUCUCGACCGCCCUUUCGCAAGCUCCAAGCUCCUCCACCUCGAGGCCCACCGUCACCUCGUGCCAGCCCCAGCUAUUAUAUCUCGUACCCUGCGCACCAUUCGUCCAAGGGACAGUCCAGUCGCCUGCAGGAACUUGCUGCAACAACCUCGACCGAAUCUACAGGCAGCAGCCCAACUGCAUCUGCCUCCUCCUCAGCAGCUCCGACUUCAACUCCCUCCCCAUUAACAGCACCCUAGCACUUCAGCUCCCUCAACUCUGCCACCUUCAAGGGGACGCCGCUCUUUGUUCAGGAGUUCCAGUGCCUCCCAUCACACCCUCUGAGAGAGCUCCCAAUUCACCAGCUGCCCAGGUCUUGCUCGGGGGAAAGAAUGAAUCCUCUAUCGCUGCUUCUCCGGCGAGUCAAGUGGCACCACGGCCCAGCAUCAUAAGUUCGGGGCAUUCGCUGAACAAAGGCAUCAUACUUGCAAUGGGGAUAAUAAACUCGGCCUCUAUUGGAAUCGUCAUGAUUGCAUUACUCACAGCAGGUCCAUAUUUUUGAGUCCGACUAGCUUUUAGGACCUUAUUUCUAUCAGCUGCUGUAGACUCUCAAGUUUUCAUAUGUAGCUUUUCAAGGAGUAAUUUUCACAAUUCCGUCUCCACUUUGAACUAAGCCUUCUGUUUAUUUGACACAAUAA